GCCCCUCCCAGUCGCACUGGAUCGUAGCUCAUCUCAGGAUCCCCUGCCAAGGAAGGUGACUGCCGCUCGAAGUACAUGGGAAAGAGCAGGCUCUACCUUACCUGCAGUCGAUGGGAUGAAGGAGGGUGCCUGGUGCUUUUGGGGCCAUGGAAGCUGAAAAAUGCAGUUUCCUUGUUGUUCCUGCCUGGGUUGCGUUAGCGCUUGCCAUUGUGGUGUUCCUGCUGACGGAGGCAGAUCGCCCUUUCUCUGACGAGGACGAGGCAGGCACAUGUCGAACUUGGGGACAGGCACGACGAUGCGUAACUUCCUGCCUUACCUGGUCUUUCUCGGAUGGCAAGCUCCGUCCUCCGCUGCCCUUUAAUCACGUCUACGUAGACGACACCUCAAUACAAAUUGCACAUUGCAUCAAUCGUCAUCGUCCAUCUCUUGCAGACAAUCGGUCUUGUUUAUUCCUGAUCAACAUCACAUGUUCGCAGUGGCAUCACCAAAGUAUACCCGAGAUAGUGACCACUUCAAACGGCCAGGCAGUACACGAUCAAUAAAAGACUCUUAUGAGAGAUCAUCUACACCCGAAACUCCGUGGCUAGCCA